AAAACGGAAAGAGAAAGGAGCGACCAAAAAAAGAGAAAAAAAAAAAGAAGUGAAAGAGAAGACUCCGAUUGUAAACAACUAAGCUCUGAAAUCUGCCAUGGAUUUGUGAUUCAUUUCAGCUACACUUGCUUCUUCUGAAGCGUCACUCUCUUCACUCUUCAUUUCUCCCUUCGAUCGUCAUUUUUCUCUGCGUCCAUUGGAUUCCGUAAACGAUGAUGUCCCCGAACAAAUUCCCGGCGGAUCGAGGCUCUCCUCCUCAACCUCUAAGACAAACACCAUUGCAAAUUAUUCAUGUUGCUGCAAAUUUCAUGAGGAUAUGGUCGAUAUACUCCAUGUAUCGCUACUUAACCCAAAGUGGAGCUUCGGUUGUUCUUUUCUUGUUUGCCUGCAUAGCUCCUGCAGCAAUCCUCUUUUUGAUUUUGCAAAAGCCUUGGAAGGGCAGGCCACUUUCUAAUACACAGGUUGUGCCAUCCAUAAUAAAUGGUGCUAUAACAGCACUGUAUUUUGUCUUGUGGGGAAACGGACUGAGAUCAUGUGGACCAGUUAGAGCAAUACUGUCUGAGUAUUCUGGUGCUGUCCUUGGGGUACUAUCUGCACUGUUAUAUGGGAGGAGAAGCAAUUUGUGGAAAAAGAUAGGUGGCCUAGUUGCAAUGUUGGCAUCUCUAUACCUGCUUUCUGAAGGCUGGGCUACAGCAACUUAUUCUCCAUUCUCAUGGGAAGAUAGAGAGGACUCAGAGGCUCAAACUGAACAAGCUCUGGGCUUGAGGCAAAUGCUAGUUCCUAUCUUGGCUGGAAUCCUAUCAGCCCUCAGAAGGGUGAUUGCGAGGCGUGUUUCAAUUAAGAAUCAACUUAAAAGGCGGCUUCAUGCUUUAACAAUUGCCUCGGCAACAUGUUUUAUGUUUCCUUUUGCCAUGUGGGACAUGAUCAUAGGUUCACCUUCUGGCGAUAGUGGAAAGUUGCCAUUCUCUACUUGGGCCUUUUUGAGCACUAUUUUCUUUGGAAACAUUGUGAUAUUCUAUGCUGACAGUAUAGCAGAGGAGAGAUUGCACAUGGUUUUCUCUUCACCAAGACAUUUAACAGUAGCUGGUGCAUGCAUCAUCAUCAUGGAGAAUGUGUACAAGAUGGAUUUUUCUCUCAUUGGCUUCACGGUUUGCUGCUUAAUAUUAGGUUUUGGGAUAUAUGAAGCAACUUCAUUGGAUCGCAGUAGAACGGAUUCAAUAAAAACUUCAGAUUUAUCAAAUGGGGAAUUCGAUAGUCAAAUUCAUAUGUCCUCGCUACCAACCUGAGGUAAGAGCACCAUUUGAAAUUUUGAGCCUCUUUCCAUGUCGAGUUAUGCCGUGAGAGUGUCGCCGCCAAUUUCAUUCUGCGCACUUGUUGCACAAAAGUUGUUCUUUCUCUGUGAAGAUGCACUGUCUACCACUUCUGGGGACUUAGGGCAGAAAGCAUGUUAACCAUCAAGUUCUAUAAUGAUUGAUCUGAUCUUUGGGAGAAUGAAGUACGUUUAACCUACACAGUUCAUUAUUUCACUUCGUACAGGAUCAUUAGUCUGGAAGUUUUUUGUGUAGUUUAGGAGUAAUUUUCUGUCACAAAAGGGGAAGAAAGAAAAUAUUGUGGUCCUGUUGGGCGUUCUUUGAAUAUUGGUAUAACUGACCCCCAUGUACGUUGAGUUGACUAUACAUUUUAAUGAAAAUUACUGGAUCAACCAGCUGGUUAUCCUUUGCUUCA